CUUUUAACUGAUCUCUUGCAGAAAAAGUCUGCAUUUACUAAAAUGGUGAAUCGUAGAAACAACAACGGGGGUUUCAACAGGGGUCCUAAUCCAAGAUAUAAUGGAAACGGGAACUACAACCCAAAUUACAACCAGGGCCAACGGAAUCAAGGCAGGCAGCGAAAUCAGCGUCAAGAUCCAUUCCAACGACCACCACCUCCUCAGAACCCGUUUCAGCCGCAACCCCCUAAUCCUUUUCAGCAACAACCACCACCUCCUCCUCCACCUUCCUUCUACCAAUCUCCUUACAACGGAUUCCAGCAGCAACAACCGAGUCCCUUCCAGACACAUCAACAAUUCGAAGCAGGCGAUCGCCACUAUCACACCCACAACCACUACUACUACCCCGUCGAAGGCUCCGCCCCCACGUCCACGUCGACGCCGAGCUUCGGACCCCAACCAGCACCACCCACGCACGAAGACGUCACCAUGGCCGAAGCGAGCGACCUCGACGUCCUGCAGGACCGCAUCGCCUCGCUGACGGGGCAGAUCAGGGAGAUCCUGCAGGCGAUAGCGGGCGCGCACCCCGUCUCCGGCGAGGUCGUCACGGCGUACGUCAACGCCGUGCGCGAGUGGUACCCCGACUCCGAGCUCGCCCGCGCUCUGCAGCUGAACGAGCUGAACGCCGAGCAGUUGGGUCGGCCCUGUUCAUUUUCGGUACUUUAGCGGUGUUUUUUUUUUUUUUUGUUUCUGUCUUUGUUCUUUCACAAUUCUGUGAAGCUCUAUGAAGG